AUGCAGCACGUUAUAAGCUCGUCGUCCACAAAACAUGGCGAAGGAAUAGCGAUUGUCGAGAGUAUGAAAUUAUUUGUGUCAGAUUUGUGUAUUUUGGGGUCAAUGCCUAUUCUGUAAUAUCACAAAGGAGAUGUCUUCAAUACAUUUUGUAGUCCACCCUCUCCCAGGAAGUGAAGAUCAACUCAAUGACAGGCUCAAAGAGGUUUCUGAAAAGUUGAAUCGUUUUGGAUCUGCCACCCCAGCUGCUCUCAGUAGUCUCAAAAUUCCUGUGAAGCGUAUUGUGGUUGGUCCAAGUCACUUUGCUCUGCUCUUGGAGGAUGGACGUGUUUGUAGAGUCUCAUUCUCCAUUAUCUCAGAUCGACUUGAUCUUAGCAAAAAUGAUCCCAAUAAAAGCAACAUCAAUAAUAGCAAGGUUGGCAGCACUGGUGGUGCAGGUUCAAGCUCGAACAGUCGUCAGCUUACAAGGACACGUGCUCGCAUUAUGCGCUCGAAUGCUUCCCUGCGGGGUGCUGCUGGUGGAGCUGGUCAGGCAGCUGGAGGCCGUGGUACACCUGGAGUAAUCAUGGGAGCAGGGGCUGGUGCAGGAGGGGCUGGUGGAGGAUCACGACCUAUUGUACCUGCCCCCUAUGUGCCUGAGGAAUUGGUGUCACAGGCACAGGUUGUGUUGCAGGGGAAGAGUAGGAAUCUCAUCAUUAGGGAACUGCAGCGUACCAACCUAGAUGUUAAUCUGGCAGUAAACAACCUUUUGAGCCGUGAUGAUGAAGAAGGAGAUGAUGCAGAUGAUGCACCAGAUUCCUAUGUUCCAGAAGAUCUGAUAUCACUAUUAGAUGGUGGUUUCCAUUCUGAACAUUCCGUUAUCAUUGAUGCUGAUGCAAUGUUUUCUGAGGACAUGUUUGGGUAUUCAGCCAUGAGAAGUCGUGGAAGUACCAGUAGUCGCCGUCUUACAGCUGACAGAGACCGUGAAUCAGACAGGGAUCGGGACAGAGAUCGAGAUAGCUUUUCCCGAUGGAGAGAUCGCCAAUACUUCGGGCCACGACGUUGGCUUGAAUCUGCUCUACGUGAUUCCACGUGGGAUAAAGAUCCGGAAAACAAAAAGAAGGAAUUUGCAGCCCAAAGCCCGCUUUGGAUGUCAGAUGAACUGGAGUUUUGGCCAGAGAGAGGAGAGCCAUUGCCACAGUUCAGUUUACUGGCAGCACUGUACAGUGAACUGAUAGCAGUGACAGUCAGUGGUCAGCUGUACCAAUGGAAAUGGAAUGAAGCUGAGCCAUACAGACACUCAGAGAAUGUCAAUAUUCAUCAUCCUAAAACAGUGGCAUUGGGUCUACUGUCAGAGCGAAUAGUUCAGAUAUCAGCAACAGUUAUCCGUUGCUCUGUUGCAACAGAAAGUGGCAAGGUAGCCACUUGGUUGGAUGAACUUCUAAAUCAUGCAGCUGUUAAGUUAGAACACCCAGCCCAGAGCUUCACAGAGUUCACUGUUGAUCACAUUGUCUCACUUCAUACAUGUACUCUUUAUACUGUAGCUAGGCUGGAAAGUGGAGCUUUAUACUGGUGGGGUGUUCUGCCAUUUGGUCAGCGCAAGCGGUUGUGGGAAAAGCAUCGUGCAAAGUCUCGUAAACACCGACCUUCUACUGUGACAGCUGACAUUGUGUGUGGAAGUCAAGUGUGCAUGAAGAAUAGUCCCAUGUACCAACCAGGGGCCGUUGGCUUCACAAUAUCAGGUGGUGUUCCUAAGGUUGGCCAGUUGCUGAAUGCUGCUUGGAAUUUAACGGACUUGUGUCGCUUCAAACUAAUAACAGCUGCACCGCCAACACCACAUCUCAGUGCUUCAUCCACACCUGAGCAUCGUCGUGGAGCAGACAGCAGCAGUGGUAAUAACAGUGGAUCUGGAGUAACUGCAGCAAGCAGCCUUCCAGCACCUGGCAGCAGUGGAAACAAAAAUACCCUGCAUAAAGAGACUGCUGAUAGACUGGACAUGCCCCCUCCUCCUUCUCCUGCAUCCAGUACCUGCAGUGACACAGGCAGUAUUACAACUAGCCACAAAAGACAGAAGCGCCCAGCACCUAAGGGAGAAGAUACGGAGAAGAAGGACGAAGAGGAGUGGCAGCUGAAGGAUGUAGUGUUUGUGGAGGAUGUGAAGAGUGUGCCAGUUGGUCGAGUAUUGAAAGUUGAUGGGGCUCAUGUAGCAGUUCGUUUUCCAUGCACCAAGGAUUCAAAGGAAAUUAAAGAUCUUACAGCUGAUGAUACUGUUAACCUUCUACAAGAUUGCAGGCUCAUGAGAAAGGAUGAGCUCCAGGUGAUUAAAUCUGGAACUACUUCCCGUGCCCCAGAUUGCUUUCAGCGCAUCCCACGCAGAGUAAAUAUAGCUGAAGGAGGCCAGAUCCUCACAAUCACAGUUGAUGGACAGGGUAUUCAUGCAAUAGUGAAAACAGGUAUGAAAUUGAGCUACAUUAUCUACAAUCUGAGCAGUGGCAGAGCAGAACAAGACAGCCCAUUCCCAUCAGAUACAGGUUCAUUCCUGGGACUGGAACCACAAAACAUCAAUCUUACAAGUGCAGGAGAGACAAGUGAGAGUGUACUGAUCCUGAGAGAUGGUAACAGUACAAUUUAUCCACUUGCGAAGGAUUGUGUGGACAGUAUUCGGGAUCCUCACUGGCUAGAUCUCCCACCAGUGCGGUGUGUAGGAGCUGGAACUCAUGCCCUUAGUGUUGCUACUGGUUCUAAUCUGAAGAAUCAAGUGGCUGUCAUUGUCCUAGCCUUGGAAUCCCAAGUUCUCAUGCCUAGAAUACUGCGAUGUGACUUUGAAGGUGUUAAGCAAGUGUUGCUGAAUCUCGAACAAGAAGCUAGUAAGUAUAAUGAAUGCUGCAAUGAUGUAGGAUCUGCACUGCAGGGUAUAUUGAUGGAACGGUGUGAUGGUAAUCGUAAUAUUUUCCAUGCAUGUGUCACAAUGUGUACACCAACAUCAAACAAGGAUGGAGAUCAAGAGGGAAGUAAUAGCACUAACAACUCAGGACUUGAGUCUAUCAACGUGAUAACCAAUGCUUUGGGUUCCCGCUCAGUGAGUCUGCGUGAGAUGAUGCGAAGAGCCACAGCUGCAGUUAGAUCAUCUGAACGUGAUAUGGCUGUGGAUGGAGGAGCACAUCAACCAUUGGCAGAUGAAGCCAUUCCAACCUUGAGCUGGCCACCAGAGACAUUUGACCCAACAUCUGGUGAUGAGGACAGUCUUAUGGGUCUUGGGGCCUCAAAUACGCCUAACACAAAACCCACAACCAGCAGUUCAGGCUCUGGUGUGACAUGUAGUAAUUCAUAUGUUGUGGACCCAACAGAACGCAAGAACAAUGCACUAAUGGCACUGCAAUUGUUGUGUGAGAGUUCUGCUUUAAGUUCACACCUAAAGGAAAUGCUUGUUGCCAAAGAUGCACAAGGGCUCACACCAUUCAUGUUGGCAGUAACCUCACGUGCAUAUGCGGCAGCUCUAACACUUCUCGAUACAAUCCAGCGUGUGGCAAACAAGGAAACGACUCCUCCUCCUAGUCCAUUGGCAGUUCCAUCAUCAUUACCUACAGCUGAGCCACAAACUGCUGGUGUUCCCUCAGUUUCUGAAUCAUCCCAGCAGCAACAGAAGGCUUGUGCAGUAGCUGCCAUGGUGUACCCUAUUGGUUCAAAUCCAGAUGAUUCGCCACUUCAUGUUGUUUGCUGUAAUGAUACAUGCAGUUUUACGUGGACUGGAGCUGAACACAUCAAUCAGGAUAUCUUUGAAUGUCGCACAUGUGGUUUGACUGGUUCAUUGUGUUGCUGCACGGAAUGUGCCAGAGUGUGUCACAAGGGUCAUGACUGCAAGUUGAAGCGUACUUCCCCCACAGCUUACUGUGACUGCUGGGAGAAGUGCAAAUGCAAAGCCCUGAUUAUGGGUCAGCAAGCAGCGCGCUAUAACUUGCUGUGUCGACUUGUCACUGAGACUGAACUUGUUUCUCAGCCAAACAGCAGAGGUGAGAGCAUUCUGCUCUUCCUGGUUCAGACUGUAGGACGCCAGUCAGUGGAGCAGCGCCAGUAUCGAGCUGCAAGACCAAGAAGUGCAUCUGCGUCCAGUAGGAAAACACCAUCAUCAGACCUUGAGCCAGAUGUACCAGAUCAUGAUUUGGAGCCUCCCCGGUUCAGUAGAAGGGCAUUGGAAAGACUUCUCAGUGACUGGUCAGCAGUGCGUGGGAUGAUUAUGUCUGGUGUGAAAGAGGUGUUUUCAACUUCACAACCUGUUUAUGAAGACCAAACUUAUUUGCAGAGUCAGACUGGAACAACUUUAUUAGACAAGUUUACAUAUUGCCUUUUGGUGAAGUGCAGUGCUGAGAUGUUAGAUACUCUUUUAACUACACUUAUCAGAGAGCUCCAAAAUGAAUCACCCCCUAGUCGUUUAGCAGAUGCGAAGGUGGUAGCACGCCGGUUUGUACGUUCUGUAGCUCGUAUAUUUGUCAUUUUCAGCAUUGAGAUGGCUCCAACAACCAGUAAAAGAAGGGGUUUGAACAGCAUGUCUCAGCCACUGGUGAAGUGCAAGAGAGUUUUCCAAGCAUUGAUCAAACUGGCAGUAGAGGAGUUGUGUGAAACAGCCGACUCACUUAUAGCUCCUGUCCGGCUAGGGGUGGCUCGACCAACUGCUCCUUUCACUCUUGCCAGUUCCACAAUUGAUGUAAUUAAUGGUUCUGAGGAGUUGUUUUCUGUAGAACCUCUGACUCCUCAUGGUGGGUAUCUGGCAGGAGGACGACCUCUAGUUGGCAACAUGACUGGGUCAUCUCGUGGUGCAGAGGUGUCUCGUCCUGGACUGGCAGCCAGUGUUGCUCGAGCCAGAGCAGCAGCAGCUGCAGUAAUGAUGCUAGAUGAUGCUGAUGCAGUAGAAGGUUUGGUUGCUGAGGAUGGAGAUGGUGAAGGCAGUGAGCAAGAGGAUAAUGCAGAUAGGAGUGGUGGUGUAGGCGUGGGAAAUGGGGAAGCAAUGGAAGCAGAAGUUGGAGAUCUGGUAGGAGGAGUGGGGGGGCCAGGAGAUGAUGCCCAGGGAGAUGGGGAAUCAGAUAAUGAACUAGACCUUCUGGCAGAAACAGAAUCAGACUCAGAUGAUAACCAUAGCAACCAAGAUGCAGCUUCAGCUCAGCGGAGUGUGCAGACUGGAGCUACUGCAGGAUCUGACACAGGCAUUGCCUCACUGCUGCUGUUCCCAGAGGAUGAUUCGGCAGAGUCAAGCCAGCAAGAAGAUGAUGAGUCUGAGGCAGGUGAAACUGAUGAGCAGGACACAGAGGAAUUUGCCCUAGCAGAUGAGCAACUGGAACGCAGAAGCUCGAGUACUGGUCAUGGUCACCGUAAUCACCUGGCUCCACAGUCAAUGCAGUGGGCAAUACGCAACCGUGAAACAGGGGCAAGAGCAGGAGGUGUGCGUGUUGCAGGUGGAAGCAGCUUGGUGUUUAUCGAUCCUUCAUCCCUGCGACGUUCGACCACUGCAACCGCUGCUGUUGCCGCUGCUGCAGCCAACCAGGAGCCAGUCACUAUGGCAACAACGGCAAGUUGCUUGGCAAGAGCUUUUGGUAUUGUUGUGCGUCAAAUAGCAGAUCUUCUCACCAUGCUUCAGGACUAUCAUGCACUUGCGCCUGCGUUGCCAAGAACACUUGAUAUAUCGUAUCAAGAAUCCAUUAAUUUGCAGUUAUACCUGGAGUAUCAUCUCAAGCCCACAUGGGAUUGGCUGCUAACAGUGAUGGAUUCAACAGAAGCUCAGCUCCGAUUUGGUGCUUCUCUGACACAUUCAUCAGAUCCAACACAUCCAGGUCACCCACUGCAUCAGACAGCGGGUCUUGGACUAGGUGUUGCAGGAGGACUUGGAGGACUUCUUGGUUCUGCUGCCCUGUCACUCUCUGUGUUAGGAGGGGGAUCUAGCUCUUCUGGGACCACAGCAGUGACUGGAGGCACCAGGAGUUCUGGCCAUAGAGCAGUGUCUUCAAAUUCUGCUGCCACUACAACUGGCACAAGAAUUGUUGGGUUUGCAACUGGAGGUGUGGAUGCGCCAAGGACUGCUCGGGAGAGAGAAGCUGCAGAUCCACACUCUGCACGAAGAGAUUUCCUAUCAUAUUGCCUGUCUCUGAUGCGAGCACAUAAUGCAGAACAUCUUGAUAGUCUGCCAAUACUUGAUGUGUCUGCUUUGAAGCACAUUGCAUAUGUAUUUGAUGCUUUAAUCUACUACAUGCGGUCUGGUACAGAAAGUCCUGACGCUGAUGUACUUCGUGAUGGGCUACCAAUGGAGUCUUGGAAUGAUCAGGAUGAAAAUGAUAAUGAUGAGGGUGAUGAUGAAUUGAAUCACUCAGUUGCGAUGGAAACUGAGUCAGUGGAUGAUCAGGAAACUGUUGGACCUGGAACUGGAGUAUUGAGUAUGAGUGCCGUUAGUCCCAAUGGGAAAGGACGCAAGAAUCCAUUUCUUCAGCGUUCAGACUCUACUUUGUGUUUGGGUUGUCCACCACCAGAUCCCUUUGACACGCCUAUGUCUGAAGCUUUACCUCUAGCAGACCAACCACAUUUGUUACAACCCAAUGCAAGAAGAGAGGAGCUCUUUGGGAUGCCUAAACAACCAAUUACAGUGCCAGCAUCAGGCACAAGUCCACCAGGAACAUACAAUCCACUAGAAGUUUUGCCAACCCGACUAGGUUUGUCCAUGAGAACUGCAGAUAAUACAAAUGGAAGCCCAUGCAUGAAUGCAGCUAGCAACACACACUUAGGACCUGGACCCAGUAGCAACAGUGGCACAGAAGAAAGACAUAUAUCAGCUACUCCAGAAGUAACAACUGUCAAACCACAGCCCCAGUCAAGCCCUAGUAAACCUCUUCCCGAAGAUACCAACAUGAAUAAAGAACAAAUUCCAUUUCACAGGACAAGUUUUGAUGCAUUUGACCACCUCUUCCGUGAGAUUGAGGAAGAAGAAACAGCACAAAUGAAAUUGAAUGAUCCAAGUCCAGAUAUUAACAUGAGCUCUGCACCACUGGUAGCAACAACAGAGGAAGGUCCUCAGGAUCUAUCAUUCAGCAAGGAACCGCAGCCACUGCUGCCGCCGCCACCACCUCCGCCACCACCAUCAACAACAGCAGCAGCAACAACUACUACUACUACUACUACUACUGCUGCUGCUACUGCUACUGCUAUAGCCAUUACUAAUUCAGCACCUGUUACCAAGAUGGAAGUUGACAAUGAAGAUUCAGGAGAUUUUGUUUCAGAUUCCGAUUCAAGCGGUCCAUUUGCUCGCUUGGCUGCAAGUGUAAAACCUCAGGCAUUUAAUGAAAGGAAAACAUCACAGACCGAUAUAAUUGUAUCUGAAGGACCAGCUGACCUUAGUAAACCAGGCCCAAGUGGUAUGCAAACAUCUGGAAGUGCAGCUGAUAUUCAAACAGCGACAAGUUUGCAGGAAUUGGCUUGUGGGAGCACAGCAGCCUCUUCUGCUUCUGCAGACACAUCCUUGUCUGAAGAGAGUCGGAAAUUGAUGGAGCAGAACCGAGCCCCAAUCAUUGUUUCGCCUCGCAAAGUGGCAGCUGCACUUGCAAAUGCAAUUGCUUGCUUUGGAGAACAGACCCCUUCAGCUACACCUUUAUCAACAGCUGUAUCAACACCGCCUGUCAAAAGUGUAAUAGUUCGUGCUGGUCCUGGGCCAACUACGAGUGCUUCUUCUCACCGCACUGAUGCACCUGAUGUGUUGGUUGUUCCAACAACAGACUCCAGGCAGCAUGGUGAUGGCCAUGGACUUGACAGUGUUGGCGGAAGUCAUGAAAUCUCUGCCCAUGUUACUGUUGAGACAAGUCGAACACAUGAUCAGCCUAGGCCUCAUCCUACAAUUGGUCAGUCAGUAUCUCAUGAUCUUCUUCUUGGUCGAUGGAGAUUAUCUCUAGACCUAUUUGGGCGUGUCUUCAUGGAAGAUGUGGGACUGGAGCCUGGUUCUGUUGUGUCUGAGCUGGGAGGGUUUCCUGUCAAGGAAGCUAAGUUCCGUCGUGAAAUGGAAAAACUACGUAAUGGCCAGCAGCGGGACCUGACUUUGGCAAAGGUUGAAAGGGAAAGAACACAACUGAUAAUACAAACAAUGAAGGAAUUAAAUACACAGUACAACAAUUAUCACCGUAGAGCUUCAAGUUCGCAACCUCCACUGGCUGUCAAUCGCGUCAAAGUCACAUUUAAGGAUGAACCUGGUGAAGGCUCAGGGGUUGCUCGAAGUUUUUAUACUGCUAUAGCUGAGGCACUGUUGGCCAAUGAGAAGUUACCAAAUUUGGAAGCAGCUCAGGUUGGCACCAAGUAUGCUCCCUACAAUGUACUGCAAAGAUUAAGAACACGUGAGAGGGAGAACAUACGUCGGCAUGCUCAGGCCCAGCGUUCAUCACAGCGCUGUCGAGAGCCACGUCGUUCUUUGUCCUUCGAUGCCCGCCCCUUUUCUCCACCUGGUGCUGAAAGCAGUAAUAACUCCUCAGGUGGUGGUAGUGGUGGAAACAGUGGUCACAAUGAACAUCUUACAUUACACCAGCAACAACUUGGAGAUCGGUUGUAUCCAAAAGUACAGCUUCUGCGUCCAUCAUUUGCCAACAAAAUUACUGGUAUGCUCCUUGAAUUGACCCCAGCACAGCUGCUGAUGCUCCUAGCUUCAGAAGAUGCUCUGCGACAAAAAGUUGAAGAGGCAAUGGAGCUCAUAUUGAAUCAUGGACAAGAGCUUGCAUCUGAGGCACUGCUAGAUCUAGAUGUGUUCAGCCUGUCAGAAAGAGGGAAGAAAUCUGGAAGUGGAGCAUCAAGAAGUUCAGAAACUGAAGAACCUGCAGAUGAUAGCGAAGACAACUCACCCUUGUUCUAUAGUCCUGGCAAGAGAGGUUUCUAUUCUCCGCGCCAGGGAAAGGCUAGCUUUGAGAGGCUGAAUGCUUUCCGGAAUGUUGGGAGGUUGAUUGGUCUGUGUCUCCUGCAGAAUGAAUUAUGCCCCAUUUUCUUGAAUCGUCAUGUGAUGAAGUAUAUCCUUGGUCGACCUAUUAGAUUUCAUGACUUAGCAUUUUUUGAUCCAGUCAUAUAUGAGAGUCUGCGGCAGUUGGUUGUGGAUGCAGAAACUAAAGAUAGUAAUAGCCUUUUCUCGGCACUUGAUCUCACUUUCAGCAUUGAUUUGAGUGUAGAGGAAGGAGGUGGUACCAUGGAACUUGUAUCUGGUGGUCGUGACAUGGAGGUCACUGCACAGAACGUUUAUGACUAUGUGCGAAAAUAUGCUGAGUAUCGCAUGAUUAAAGCACAGGAAAAAGCCAUUGAGGCACUGCGUACAGGUGUAUUUGAUGUCCUACCAGCCGGUUCGUUGGAUGGGCUUACAGCGGAGGAUUUGCGGCUGUUACUGAAUGGUGUUGGUGAUAUCAAUGUGGCUGUUCUAAUCUCUUAUACCAGUUUUAAUGACGAAUCAGGCGAAUCAAGCGAACGUCUUUUGAAAUUCAAACGUUGGCUGUGGUCCAUAGUAGAGAAAAUGUCUCACAUUGAGAGACAAGAUCUGGUGUAUUUUUGGACAGGCUCCCCUGCAUUACCUGCUAGUGAGGAUGGAUUCCAGCCCAUGCCAAGCGUGACAAUCCGACCCGCAGACGAUUCUCAUCUGCCAACAGCAAACACCUGCAUCUCACGUCUCUACAUCCCAUUGUAUAGCAGUCGUGCAGUGCUUCGUCACAAGCUGCUGCUUGCCAUCAAGACCAAGAACUUUGGCUUCGUAUGAACCUCUGUCCUAUACAUAGGCGUUAUGUGAACUGGAAAGACAGUCCGUGCUGCUCACUCUUACCUUCAGGGGUUUGUGGACCCAUAAGACAUAAGUCAUGACUUUCUUAUUGGCCUAGUUCAUGUGAUGUGGCAUCUAAUUCUUGAGUUUCGAGUGAAAUGUAGCUGUACGAAAUGGAAUCUGUCAAUGCAUUGGGUGAACAUUAGAGUUUGUAAGCAAAGUUACUAAAUGGUAUUGAAGUAAGAAAAAUUGUCAUCUCUUUUAAGACAUGUAAUAAAUUAUUUAACAACAUGAUGUACUGUAUUGUAUACAAAGGAGGAUAAACUCAUGUGAAAAUAGAUAAGUAAGUGUUCCCUUCAGUCAUCUGAUCUUUUAGUUCAGCAGUUCAAUUGAUCAAAAAUUCGACACUCCAGUUUCAGUUUGUUACAUUUGUAACAAACAAGUAAGAACUCAUCAUCCUUCCUUUUCUUCAUGUUAGUAUAUUUUCUUUUAGAUGAAGUUAAAACUUGCUUCUUGUGAGAAAAUAAAUGUUCUUUUUCAGUAAAUUCUAGUUGUUUUUGGUUCACACAAAACUAAGAGCCACAAAUCUGCAUUAAAAGAUUCCAAAUUUUGAAGUGUGAUGUGAUCACAGCAACUAUUAAACUUUAUUGAUGAGAGCAUGAAGGUCAUGCUGCGAUGCAAUUGAAAUGUGUAUUAGUGUAAAAGUGGCAUAUUGCCUUGUGAAAGGUUGUAAUUCUGUGACAGUGAUUGAAACAUGGAAACUCUAUUUCUUUUUCCAGACAGGCAUGCAGUUUUAUGUAGAAAAGUGCAUAUAUUUACACACACACAAAAUUUAGUAUGACUGAUUACUAAGAAGGAUGUAUUGUCGUUUUCAAAACAAAUAUAGUGAUUACAAGUUU